AAGGAAAAGUACUGUUUUUCAAGAGCCUUAAUCUCUGAAUUAACAAAGCCAAAUCUUUCCAUAUCUUGAGGACAUUUUGCUUAAUAACUUUUUCAUUUUCCUCUUUCUGUUGGGUUUGAAUUUACAAAGAAGGUCCACUAUGAUUAGAAAAUAGGGGUAGGAUAUGAAAGUAUCUCUAUUCUUGUCAGUACAUGUGUAUAUAGCAAACAUUUGAAGCUAGGGUUUUGUCAUAAUAAGGACGGCUCAUUGAUCUUUUCACUGUUCUCUCAAGAGCUCACUUUCAAACAAAGAAAACAUAAAAGGGUAUUAGCUGUUUUAGCAAAUACUGGAAAUGGAGGAGCCAUCAAGAGAAAGAGCUCACAUAGGAUUAGGGAACUCUAUUCUAGUACCUAGUGUUCAAGAACUGGCUAAAGAUCAGUCCCUUGUCAAGAUCCCAUCUCGGUAUGAAAGACUGAAUCAGGAGGAUUCUCUGAAUAUUGCUGAUGAUGGGUCGUCUCUUUUGUCAGUUCCUGUCAUUGAUCUUGAAAGACUGGUUGCUGGAGAUCCCAUGGAUUCAGUGUUGGAGAAGUUGCACUCUGCUUGCAUAGAGUGGGGUUUCUUCCAGGUUGUAAAGCAUGGGGUCAGUAGUAGCUUGCUAGAGGGAUUACAGUUGGAAAUUGAGAAGUUUUUCAAACUUCCUUAUGAGCAGAAGAAGGAGCUGUGGCAGCAGCCAGGUAAUCAAGAAGGUUUUGGUCAGUCAUUUGUAAUAUCACAGGAGCAGAAGCUAGACUGGUCAGACAUGUUUGGUAUUAUUACCCUUCCUCCCUAUCUUAGGAACAAUGCUCUUUUUGACCAGCUCCCUCCAAAUCUCAGAGAGACUUUGAAAACUUACUGUAUUGAAACGAAAAAGCUAGGCAUGGAAAUCUUGAGUCACAUGGCAAAAGCCUUAAAGAUGGAUAUUGAGGAAAUGAAAGAACAAUUCAAUGAUGGCUUCCAGGUGAUGAGAAUGAAUUACUAUCCGCCAUGCCCUGAACCAAAGAAGGCAAUUGGAUUCACACCUCAUUCUGAUGCUGAUGCUUUGACAAUCUUGUUUCAACUCAAUGAAACUGACGGACUGCAAAUAAGAAAAGACGGGAGAUGGGUUCCUAUUAAACCACUUCCAAAUGCUUUUGUUGUCAACGUCGGAGACAUGAUGGAGAUUAUGAGCAAUGGUGUUUACAGAAGCAUUGAGCAUAGGGCAACAGUGAAUUCAACAAAAGAGAGGCUCUCCAUUGCAACCUUUUACACUCCAAAGCUAGAAUCUGUUUUAGGCCCUGCAGGCAGCCUCAUUGGUCCUCAUAGUCCACCCAUGUUUCGACAAGUCCCAAUAAGGAAGUACUUAGAGGAAUAUUUUGCUCGAAAAUUGAAUGGCAAAUCGUAUGUCGACUACAUGAGAAUACCAAACCCAAAUAACAUUUGAAUGGACUCGUGCAGUAAAUGUAAUAAAUUUCUGGCUCUUCCCCCUAUCAAAAUAGUAAAGAAUGUGGUAGCUGUAAUGUGCUGGGCCAUUCUCAGCAUAAUCAGUUGGGUAAGAAGACAGUUGUAUUUAUAUUCAAUAAAGGAAGUUGCCUUAACAAGCAAAUUGUUACAAUUUAACAUGCGUAUAAAAAGAUAAAAGAAUUUUAGUAUU